UGACCUGACGUAAGGCGUCUGCGCACGGGCCUUCGCGUCCUCUAGGACUUACCCAGAAGGCAACGCUUCGCUCUCGGGUCAAAAUGGCGAGCAGGUCGGCCGUUUCAUCAUCAGGUCGGUGGCUGGAUGGUAUUCGAAAAUGGUAUUUCAAUGCUGCAGGAUUCAAUAAACUGGGGUUAAUGCGAGAUGAUACGAUAUACGAGAAUGAAGAUGUGAAGGAAGCCAUAAGAAGACUUCCUGAGAACCUUUAUAAUGACAGGGUGUUUCGCAUGAAGAGAGCCCUGGACUUGACCAUGAGGCAGCAGAUAUUGCCUAAAGAGCAGUGGACAAAAUACGAGGAGGAUAAUUUCUACCUUGAACCAUAUCUAAAAGAGGUUAUUCGGGAAAGAAAAGAGAGAGAAGAGUGGGCAAAGAAGUAACUAGAGUGCAAUCGUGGAUGCGGUUGUUCUUAAAGUAUUUUCAUGAAGUGGGGGUCGAACCUGAAAAGUUUAAUU